CAGAGACGCAUGCGCAAUGCUUCGUGUUGCAACACAGACGGGGACCGACACUAACAGUCAUCUGCAGAAAAAACAGACAUUUCUAACCCUUUUGAGCCUAACUUGGGAGCUACGCGUGGGCUGUGAAGGAUUAUUGCGACCAUAAAAGGAUUACCCUGGAGGAAGUUUGGGAAAUAGCGUAAUCAUUAGCCUAGUGCUAAAAAUCAUGUUCAUCACGUGGUCAAAUAUGACCAAUCGGAGCGAGCCAAAGCCAACGGAAAGUAUGCUCUUUGUUCGGAUAUUUUGCCAACUUUAAUCUCAAUUUGAGCCUUAUAUUCUGUAUAAGUCACAGGACGUGGAAUGGAUUGGACGCUUUUGCGAGAAAGGAUAUGCUGUGGAUGCGUUUUAUUGCAGUUUCGGGGAAUGCCACGUGUUCAACUUUUGAUAAACAGCACGCUCAGGCUUAUUUCAUCACAUGACCCCCCUCCCCCACCCAGUGCGGGGCAUGGGGAAGAAGGCGGACAUGUUUGAGGGAAAUGUGUUGGUUAAAAAGUAUCGAGGUGGAAGACAAGAAGAUUAUUUGAAGAAAGGUUUCGCAUUACUUGGGAUUUACUUGUCAACAUUUCCAUUUAUUUUAAGUUCAAGGUUUUUUAUCAUACUUUGAAAGUAUUUGUUUUUUAUUAAUUUAAUUUUAACCCAUUUAAAUGUAUACUUUGUGAUUUUAUAUCGUUAACUUAUCAAAACUUCAGUAAUAUUUCGUUUCGUGAGGAUUUACUUUUAUUUUCCAUCGUUUAUUUGAGUGACAUUGUAGGGAAUUUGUAACCUUGGUGUGGGGGAUGGGCGCAUGGGGUUAGGUAACCAUUUUGUGUAGUUGUCGACUAUUUGAAUUGUCGGUCCCUUUUAGAGAUAAGAUUCCUCGUAGGUAUUUACUCAAUUGGUAAUUUUUGGUACUGUAUGUUUUUAAAAACAGUUUUAGCCUAAUCUUUUGAGAACUCUCAAAGGUCAGGCGUGGUACUUGCAUUUUCAAAGCCACGUAAGAGCUUUUUUGGGUGAUUUACUACAGUUUUGUUGUAACGGUAAUGUAUAUGCCAGAGUGAAUUCUCUAAGGAGUUUGGUUGGGAAAGAGCAUCUGUUAGUUUGAUCAAAUAUCGUUUGAGGUCAUUGAGGAAAACUGCUGUGUCAUUCAGGGCUAUGUGGUUAUUCUUGAACGCUGUUAGGUGUGGUCGUUUUUUUUGUUUCGUUAAAUUAAUAGGACUCACAGCUUCGCUGUUACACAUUCAAUAGGAAUGCUACGUUUGGAUUUGAUCCUAAGAACACUUGGGAGUUUGUGAGCCAUGGAGGCCUUGUUUGGCUGUUGUUCAUAAGGGGUGGCCUUAAUUUGCAGCUGAUGGACACUGUUGCUUUUCCUGGUUUUUGUAAACGAAAUGUGUGUUGUUUUUCUAUUUAUUGUUUACGUUUUAUGUUUCUUAUUGCGAAUAAGUGUAUUAUAAUACUCGAUGUCACGGUACUUAAAGAUGGCGGAUGUGCGCCUCUUUGGAAAGACAGAAAUGCGGAUAUUCUAACAACUAGAGAGCCUGUGGGGAGAGGCUGCUGGGGGACACGCGUGACCCGGUGGAACAACCAAUAGGCAUCUUGGUAUUUGCUCUGGAAGCCCGCGUUUCAACCGUAUUGACCAAUCCUCAUCUUCGCUUUGCACACGUUGACGUAAUGUAAUGUGAUAAGGGGAAGGACGACAACGGUGCCUCAGAAUUUUGUACAGGGUAAUAUGGAGGAACCAGUUACAGACCGCACUUCUGUAACACUCAAUAGGCUGGACCAAUAGUAUUGUGCAAUUCAAUUGAUGGACAGCAAAAAAUUGCGAAUAGGUUGGGCCGAAAGAUUUGCAGUGAGCCCACAGUAACAAGGGGUGUGGUGACUUAGACAGACAUCGUAAGCAGCGAAUAGAAACUUCGAGGGCGUGGGCAAGUUGAGGCAGUUCAUCCAAUAGGCUCGAUGGUUGGUCUUUAAAAGACCGGGUAUAGUCGCAUCGUCGCCAUUUCAACGAAGCAGACGGAAGGUGUUCACCGUGGCGGUCAGCGGAGAAAACUGACGAACAGAGACGGAUCCAGGUCUGAGUCUAGCUAAUAAACAGAAUCCGGAUCCAUCCUGAUGGAUAUGGCUGUGAACCCGCUUCUUGACAGCUCCCAUGUCGGGGUUGAGGCUGGCAUAAUGGGAGUCACAACGAUGGACCAGGGUUCUGGCACAGCUGGAAAACGCAUCCGAAAACCUUCACUGCUCUAUGAGGGAUUUGAGAGUCCUGGGAUGCCCCCUGUCAAUCAGAUGGCCCAUUUGGGACCCCCACAGCCGCCGGUGAAAGACCCCAGCCGACAGGGGAGGAUGACCAACCAACUUCAGUUCUUACAGAAAGUCCUGCUCAAGUCUUUGUGGAGGCACCAUUUUGCCUGGCCUUUCCAUGAACCUGUAGAUGCAGUCAAGCUCAGUCUGCCUGACUACCAUAAGAUCAUCAAAACUCCCAUGGACAUGGGCACUAUCAAGAAGAGACUAGAACAUAACUACUACCGCAGUGCCAGCGAGUGCAUGCAGGACUUCAACACCAUGUUCACCAACUGCUACAUUUAUAACAAGCCCACAGAUGACAUAGUUCUGAUGGCUCAGUCUCUGGAGAAGGCAUUCCUGCAGAAAGUGGCUCAGAUGCCCCAGGAGGAGCUAGAGCUUCCUCCUCCCCCUCCACGGAGCAAACCAGGCAAGCCUGGCAGAAAAGGCAGAGUCUCUGGAGGUGUGACGACAGCUCAUCAGGUCCCAGCUGUCUCCCAGUCAGUGUACUCGCCUCCCACCCCGGAAACCCCUGACUCCAUCCUCUCCACCCCACCACAGACUCUUUUGACCAAGAGCCUGCCCCCUUCCCUUCCACAUGAGCAAAGCAUCCCCACCAUUACCAGUCUGCCUCCCACACAGCCCACAGCAAAGAAAAAAGGUGUAAAGAGGAAAGCUGACACCACCACCCCCACCACUGUAGCCAUGCCCAUCAUGAGCACCAUGGGCGUCAGCGGCAUCAGCCUGGGGUUGGGCAGUGGGCACAAUUCCCCGCUCACCCUCACCUCUCUGGGAGUGGACCACAACUCCAGCCUGGGGAUGAGCCAAGGCCUCGUCCAAGGCAUGGGGAUGGGCAUGGGGAUGGGCUGUGGACCAGUGAUGAUGGGUACUAAAACAGCUGGAGGGGCCAGAAGAGGAGUGAGUGGACGACCCAUCAAACCCCCCAAGAAGGAUUUACCAGACUCCAUGGUUCCACCGCCAGUGCGUCGCAGUAAGCUUAACCCCCAGCUGCGCUACUGCAAUGGGGUCCUGAAAGAGCUGCUGUCAAAGAAGCAUGCGGCAUACGCCUGGCCCUUCUACAAGCCUGUCGAUGCCUCGUCUCUCGGUCUUCACGACUACCACGACAUCAUUAAGCAGCCCAUGGACCUCAGCACCAUCAAGCGUAAGAUGGACAGCAGAGAGUAUCACGACUCGCAGCAGUUCUCUGCUGAUGUUAGACUGAUGUUCUCAAACUGCUACAAGUACAACCCCCCUGAUCAUGAUGUGGUGGCAAUGGCCAGAAAACUUCAGGAUGUCUUUGAAUUUUGCUUUGCUAAGAUGCCAGAUGAACCGCCAGCACCCCCCAGCUCCUCAUCUUCCUCCUCCUCCUCUUCAUCAUCAUCCGAGAGUGAGCUCAGCAGUGAAAGUGAGGAGAGUGAGAGCAGUCCCAGCUCAGACUCCGAGGAGGAGCGAGCAAACCGGCUCGCAGAGCUGCAGGAGCAGCUGAAAGCUGUGCACGAGCAGCUCACUGCACUCUCACAGGGGCCCAUUGUCAAACCCAAGAAGAAGAAAGAGAAGAAGGACAAGAAGAAGAAGAAAAAGGUGGAAAAAGAGAAGCAUCGGAGGAUAGAAGAAGAGCCCCCACUUGUUAAACCGGCCAAGGCCCCCAAAAUCACCAAGACUCCAAAAACCAAGAGCAACCGAGCACCCGGGUGUCCUGUGGUGCCGAUUAAGAAGGCACCGAGCAAGAAAAACAACAAGAGCAAAUCCAAAAAGGCCGGCAUGACGUUUAGCGUGCCUCCAACGGUGCACGAUCCCAUAGUGAGUCACUUUGACUCUGAUGAGGAGGAAGAGACGGCGCCCAUGUCCUACGAUGAGAAACGCCAGCUCAGCCUGGACAUCAACAAGCUGCCCGGUGAGAAGCUGGGCCGCGUCGUUUACAUCAUCCAGUCCCGCGAGCCCUCGCUUCGCGACACCAACCCGGAAGAGAUCGAGAUAGACUUCGAGACGCUGAAGCCAUCGACGCUGCGGGAGCUUGAGAGAUACGUCAUGACGUGUCUGAGGAAGAAACCUCGAAAGCCAUACGCAAGUAAAAACAACGUGGCUGGCAAGUCCCGGGAAGAACUCGCUCUGGAGAAACAAAUGGAGCUGGAGAGAAGGCUGAUGGACGUCAGCGGUCAACUCAACUCUGGAAAAAAGCCUCCAAAGACCAAACCAGAGAAACCUGCAACGGAGCAGCACACCCAGCCGUCACGUCUCAGUGCCAGCAGCUCCUCCUCGGACUCGUCUUCGUCCUCCUCUUCCUCCUCAUCCUCAGACACAAGUGACUCGGACUCUGGCUGAGAGGGUUACCAUAUGAAAGGCUCAUGUGAGGAACCCCGGGCGUUUGGCUUCCCACUGAGUGAACUGAACUGCAGUUGAGCUGCUGACGAUGGAGCCGCAGGACGGAUCAGACGAGACCAGCACCAGGCAGAACCGGUCUGACUUGACAAGCGUCAAACCAACAAAGACAGAAAGAGAGAGAUGGGUCUUUCCCUGCGCUCAGCUCAGUCAUCCAAACCCGUCCUGAACACAGACAGGCUGAGGACGGACAGAUGGAGAGCAGGACACUCGGCAUGAGGACGUUCUCUGGAGAACCGGCCUUGUUGGGCCGAGCGAGGGAUGUUCCAUCUCCUGCAUUAAAAAGAGAGAAGAGCGAAGCAUGUGUUGGAGGGAUAAGGGUGCUACAGCCAGAAUCUGUCUUAUUUCUGGAGAUAAUUUCCCUUCUUCCUGUGCUCUCUGUCUUUAUGCUGUAUAGAUAAGGUGUACAGUUAUAUAAAUAUCUAUUUUUCUUUUAUAAAGAAGCAUUUUAUGGAGCUAAUUUAUUCCCUCAUUCUGGGAAAGACGAACUGGUGUGGGCGGAGACGUGUUUUAGUUUUUGUUUAGAUUUUUUUUUUUCCUUGAGUGACAGAAGGUAUUGGGAAAACAUGUGAGAGUGUGUGUGUGUGUGUGUGUGUGUGUGUAUGUGUGUAUGAAUGAAUGCGUCACGUGUGUGUGUGUGUGUGUGUGUGUGGGAUCCGGCACCACAAGUGCAGCCUGGUGAAGUUCCUCAUAGUUUUGACGCAGGCGUUGAAAAUCAGUCUGCACGCAGAAGCACCUUUGGUUCAGUACAAAACAGAUUGCAUGCAAUACAGAGGAGCUGACAGACACCUGCAUACUCAUGUACUACUUUACUGCAUCAUUGUGUACUCAUGUACUUGUUUGAAAGGGUCGGCCACUGUACAGAAAUGUUACACGUCAGUUUAUGCAUAAAUAUUUCUGUUCCCAUGUGUGCUGUCUUUUUUCCCUCAUCUGUUUCUCUGUAAACAUGUUUUUUUUCUUCUUCUUGUGACCAAUCUGCUAAUAAAUUGUGAGGACGUGUCUUGUCCGCUCACCUGUGCCCGAA